AUGUGUGCUUCGAGUUCGCGUCCAAUAGCUCCCGCUCCAUCACCGGGCGCAGAGGAAACCGCAAUUGUGCACAGGUCAUCGGCCAAUUCAAGUCUGUCUAGCAAAUCAGGCAUCAAAAGAGCAAGUACAGCCUGCCAGAGCUGCAAGCAAAUCAAGCGCAAGUGUGACCAGCAACACCCAUGCUCAAAUUGUAUCAAAACAGGCACCGACUGUAUCUACGACCAGGCGCAGGAUGGUCGAAGACGAGCCGCCCGCAAGCGCAAUGUCGAGGAACUAGAGCUCAAACGAGAUGCGCUUGACACUAUUCUGGAAUCUUUGCGUGAUCCGGACGACGACAAUGUACAAAACCUAUUGCGACUCAUCCGAAGCAACGCCCCCCUAGACGAGAUCAUACAAUGCGCUUCAGUAAACAAUCAGUACAUAUCCGAGGACCAGCUUGCAUCAUUGGCUGUAGCAGUCGAUUCCGGCUUGUCCAGGAAACCAAUGCUUAGCAUCAACGCAUUAUGCGACAUACCACUGAUCAAAGUACCAGCUCGUCCUUGGACAAAUGUCACGAACGACGACGAUCUCGUUUCACACCUCAUCUCGAUCUAUUUCACUUGGUUUAAUCCUAUCUAUCCUGUCGUGGCCCGCGAACUAUUCGUGGCGCAUAUGACAGCUGGCGAUCCUAACAGUCAGUUUUGUUCGCCUAUUCUUGUCAAUUCUAUGUGUGCUAUGGCUUGCCAAUUUUCCGAUCAUCAAGAAGUCCUUACUUCACCCGGGGAUCAUGCCACUCGUGGAAAAGGAUUCCUCGAAGAAGCAAUGAAACUAUGGACUGCGGAAAUAGGACGGCCAGCUCUAACUACUUUACAAGCAGGACAGCCUUUAGCUGUGGCUCUCACCAUAAUCGGCAAAGACAGGAUAAGCACGUCGUACAUCGAUCAGAUGAAUGACAUGGCAGCAGACCUGGUCUUCGGCGCUCAGAGGGCGGAUUCAGCCUUACAAUCACUGGACAUGCAGAAGUCUCUGCGUCUCGCAAUUUGGUCAUUGUAUGAAUUGAGUGUUGACUACAGUAUCACAUUUAUGAGAACCCGAAGCUACAACACACCAGCCGUAGAUCGGGCACGAGUCGUUGAUGAUGUGUUCAAAUUCGAUUCCAACUGGUUUCCAUAUCCCGAGAGCGAACCUGUAUCCGCGGUGGAUUUUGAAACCUGUGCGAACCUACAAUACGACCUUCAUGUGUUAAGCGCGGACAUUGCAAGCUAUCUCUUUGACAGCAAAGAUAGAAGACAUGUAUUAAACGACAACCUUGGCGACUUUGAUAGACGCUUGAAGACAUUUGCAGCUUGUCUGCCACAACCGGACGACGAUCAGAAAUUGAACCCUUACAUUAUGGAUAUUAACCUGUCGUAUCACUCCCUAAGGAAUGCAUUGUUCAACUUCUUCAAAAGCGACGAGUCUCCUACAGACGGGUCUUGGAGAAGCAAGGAAACUGAACGAUAUGCUCGUGAGCAGUGUAUACUUUCAGCACGAGCUGCGUCCGGGCUCUUCAAAGUGUAUCUACAGAGAUAUGGAUCGAGGAGCUUUACGAUUGGGAUGCCUCAAGUAGCCGUCUCGAUGGCUUACAUGCUUAUAGAGGAGCUCGACGAACCUGAAAUACAGGACCUCUUUCACGACAUGUGUCUGAUCAUCACUGCAACAGCCAGGAAGUGGUUCAUCAUGCGUGGACACGCACGAAUGCUAUUCAUUACAGCUGAGCAAAAGAAGCAGGUCAUACCCGAACGCACACGAAGGAUUCUGAGCCGUAUUGCCCUCGACUCUUGGGGCCCAGACAGCCACAAGUUUUUCGAGACAAGCAAGUACCCAAAUUAUGCUCUAGCACGAGGUGAUGAUCCCAGGAUUGCCGCGAUGGGGGAUUUGCUAGAGCGAUGGCGGGAUUUCGGCCUGGAACCUACGAUGGCCGAUACGACCCCUGGUACCGAGCUUGACCGUGCACGUAGGGGCUUCGCUCAAGAGCACUAG